AUGGAACAAAUAACGCCCACAGAAAUUCCACAGCAAACAGGCCCAUCACAACGGCCGCCGCUAGCGAAUCAGGCUUUACCACCGUCUCUGUCAACGGCACAAGUACAAUGUCUGAUCACGGCAUGGUAUUAUUGUUCUCAUCCAGUCCAGCGCGAGUACCUGAGCGAACUACUUGUCCAAACAAUCCGCGACAAGCUAGACAGAAUACAAGAGAUACGAACCCAGCUGCAUGCGAUGCAACAAAAGUUAUGGGAGAACGAACAAGAGUCUUUUAGAAUGAGGACAUACUUUUCCCAGCUUGAAAGAACACGGCUUCAUCUGGUAUCUCAACUUGAGGCGAUGUCUCCUCCCCCUGAUACUUAA